AUGGAGAACACUUUCGCCGCGACUCCACCACUGGAGUCGUUGAAAUACUUGCUGUCCCGGUUCCAGUCGCGCAGGAUGGGCCCGACCAGAAACCCCGGAGAGCGUAAGAUCUUAGUUCUUGACGUUUCUCGAGCGCAUUUUCAUCCGAAGUGCCGCCGUGAGCUGUACAUCAGGCUGCAGGAGGAGGACGCUCAGGCAGGCUUCGUGGGCAAGUUGCUGCGCACCCUGUACGGGACACGGGGUGCAGCAAACGCCUGGGACGAGUUUUCCAACGAUGCGAUCGUCAGGCGCGAGUACGAGGUGGGGCUGUCAUCACCUUGCCUGUACUACUGCGCUGCCGAAGACAGCACUGGGUGGCGCCAUGGGGACGAUCUAGUGCUUGAGGGGCCCGAUGAUUGGUCAGACCAUCUUGAAGAGGGCCUCCUGAGCGUGAUGAUCCUACAGAGACGUGCGAAGCUCGGCUGGGACAAGGCAGACGACAAGCACGUUACCACCUUGAACAGGUUGGUGGACUUGAACGAUGCGUCUCGGGUGAUUUCUCUGGAGCCUGCUCCACGCCAUGUUGAUUUACUUGGUGGCCUGGUUGGUUUCGACGGCCAGUCGAAGUUCGUGACGACACCAGCCGGCAAGCGGUUGGAGGACAUGCGCGAUGAGGAGCCCUUAGGCCGAGGGCAGGCGACAGUGUUCCGAUCCGCAAGAAUGAGGCUAGCCUACCUUGCUGCAGACGUCCCGGUGUACGGAUUCAGCGCAAACAGGUUGGCGAGGUUCAUGGCUAAGCCGACGGACCAGCCAGGCCGGAUCGACGUCUACACGGACAGCGACUGGGCUCAAUCCAGAUCGUACGAGCGUGUCUUGGUAGUCACCAUGCACGGCGCGCAUUGUCUGCGAGUGCAGGCUGCGACGCAGACGGCCCCUGCCUUGAGCUCUGGCGUGGCAGAGUUUGUUGCCCAGGUGAAGGGCGGCUCCACCGCCAUCGGCAUGAGGUCGAUGAUUCGAGACUCGGCGGUGUCCCUAGACCUGCACACGGACAGCACGGCAAGCAAAGGCAUUGCAUCUGGAGUGGGCUUGGGCACGGUCCGCCGUUUGGACACGGGCCUGCUCUGGCUACAACACCACGUCAAUCGCAAGGACCUCAGGGUCAAGAAGGUGCGCAAGGACGAGAACUUGGCGAACAUCGGGACGAAGGCCGUUUCCGUAACGGUGCAGGAGACCCUGAUGAACUUGAUGGGCUUCAAGGAAGUUGCAGGAAGACAUCCGAAGGCGCUGAAAGUGGCUGGAGAAAAAGUCGGGCCAGAAGCGGCUAGCACCGCGCUGGCUGACGAGCACGACUGA